AUGGCACGGACCAGCCCUCCGUCCCGCGCACCGACAAGCGCGCCCGCGUCCGCCGCUACAGCGGCGCUGACAGUUGCGCCGGCUCCUGAGCGGACAAUGGCGCCGACCAGCUUUCCGACCCCUGCGCCGACAGCUGCGCCUACGUCUGCUCCGACAGUGGCGCCGUCAGCUGUGCCGACAAUUCCUUUCAGUUCUGGCGUCUCUGGCAUCUCUGGUGUCAUGGCGCCAGUGGUGUCGAGCGCAGAUGGGCACCCACGUUUGGUCAAUGUACAAGGGCAGCAUCUCGAUUUGAUGAGGCAUUGCGCCCACGUGCUCCUCGCUGUGGUAGCUGACGCUCAGCAGAUCGGCGGCACUUGCGCGGGCGCAUACUUCGUGUGCGCCAGCGUCGCAGGGAAGUCGGCGGAGCCCGAUGCCCAUAAGUUCGGGCAUGCCGACGGCAUCGGGUUCUUUUUCGCCGCGGGUUAG